AACCUGGACGAUCAUCAUUUACAAACAUAUACUUUAACACUGUUAGCAUUCUCAUCACUCAUUUAAGCUUAAACUGACAGUGUCUCUGUAAUAAAAUGUUUGUGUGACAAUGGUGUUACAUGAUUAUAGUAAGUACAUAAAACGCCACUUUUGUCAUGUGUCACCAAUGCGCAAUGUCUAGCUAGGAGUCUUUUCUACUUGAGUAGUCCAGUUGUCGUUAGGUCAGAGGUAGGCACGUUUUUGGUCAGCGGAGACCCUCAUUUAGAUGGUUGUAUUUGUGGUUGUAUAUGCCAGAAAAAUGGAUGCGAUACAUAUAUCGGUUCAGAAAAAUAGAAGCAAUUGUAUAAAGAGUUUUACAUAAAUAUUGUACCAAAUAUACUUCUCACGUGCAUGCAAAGAGAAAAGUUGAGUUUUAACAGAAUUUGAAAGCGCGAGAAACUGAUUUGAGAGGGAAAUGCCGUCAAUGGUGACAUGUAUCACAUGGGUCAGCCGUGGUGUGGCCAAAACUGUGCCAGAUAAGGUUGAACUGUCACAGGAAGAAUUGGAGCAGCUUAUUAAUGAGACAAAGACAAAAAUCUGGGAGGCUAAAAUAUUAGCAGGUAAAGGAUUGCAAGCUGAACACAGAAAUAUCCAACUUACAGUACGUGAUCAAGAGCAGUCUGAUAACUCUGACAAUGACGAAAAUACUAUCCUUCAAGAAUACAAUUUGGAUAAUUAUGAUGAUGAAGGAGAAGGUGUUGUCCUGACAGGUGCAGGAAUGGCCGGACUGACGUACUUUCUGAAUAAUGACGAUGAUCCAUACAUCACUCUUAAAAACUCGGACGAUGAAGAGAAAGAAGAUUUAAACAUUAAGCCAACGGAUAAUUUGAUCAUUAUCGGAAAGGUUGAGGACGAAUUUAGCAACCUAGAAAUACAUGUUUACAAUGAAGACGAUAAUGAUCUUUAUGUUCAUCAUGACAUUAUGUUGGACUCAUUCUUGCCUUGGAAUGGCUUGGCUUUGAUGCAAAAUGACCAUAAACAAGGUAAUAUGGUUGCUGUAGGAACAAUGGAACCAUAUAUCAAUAUUUGGGAUCUUGACGUGAGACCAUUGACCAGUUUAAGACGAAAGAAGAAAAGCAAGAAGAAAUCACCAGAAACCGGGCACGUCGAUGCAGUUCUCGAUCUUCCUGGAACAAAAAUACCAGGAACAUCUUAUGCCGGUUCGGCCUUCGUUGUUCUUUGGGAUCUAGCCGAAUCAAAGUGUGUAAAUGUCCUACAUCAUAGUAAUAAGGUACAGACUGUCAGUUGGCAUCCUUAUGAAGCACAGCUGUUGCUUACUGGGUCAUUUGAUAGAACUGCACAAGUCGCCGACUGCAGAAGUCCAGAGCAAAGUUGCAAGUCUUGGAAGUUGAAGGGUGAAGUUGAAUGUGCGAUAUGGAACCAUUUUUCGCCCUUUCAUUUUUUGGCAAGCACCGACAAAGGAAAUAUUUAUUGUUGUGAUGUCAGAUCAAAUGAUCCAGUUUUCACCUUAAAUGCUCAUGACGAAGCCGUCACAGGUAUUUCAUUUAGUAAGCAACUUCCAGGCUGUCUAACUUCCGUCUCGCAGGACAAAAUGGUCAAGGUCUGGGAUAUCGAGAACAACACGCCAUCUUUUGUGGUGUCAAGAGACAUGAAAAUGGGCUCCAUUCUCAACAUAUCGUCUCCCGAUAGUCCUUAUGUAUUUGCUUUGGGUGGUGAAAAACAAGGCCUACAGUUGUUUGAUAUAAUACAAAGUGCACCAGCUUCGAAACAUUUUGAAAAUCGACAAUGUUUGAUGAACGUUACUACACGACCAUCCUCAUCAAAUGGUGAUGAAAUGUUAAAGGCGGAGCCUGGCGAAAUAAGCAAAGAGGAGGAAAAUAUGGACAUCGACGCUGCUUUUGCAUUGAAGUCACUUAGUUUGGAUAAAAAUGAAGGUAAUGUCCCGUCUGCAAAAAAGAUUGUGAAAAAGAAAAAGAAAAAACGAAAAUGAACACUUGAUUGAUCAAAUGACAUUGUCAUCUAAAGCAGGAAUCUCAAUAAAUUAUGUAUUUGCAACGACAACAGCAAGAUGAAAUGGAUAUUAUUUCUCCAUCGACGUUUAUGCCCUCUUUUGUGAAAUUACUUUAAUAUGUUGUUCAUGUCGUCUUUAAAAAUUACGAGUUUUUCA